UUUUACAUCAGCGUGGCAACGCAAUUUUUGGGUGAAAAAUUAUUAAAAUCGUUGUAAAAGUGUAAAAAUACAGCAGUGCUGUGCAUCGAAAUAGAUCGAAAUCAGUGCAACAAUACACACAUCAAGCUUAACAAAGCAAGCUUGCUAUAAAUUUCUUAUCCCCAAGCCUGAAAGUGUCACCGCCAAGACGUACGUGCGAAAAAUGUUUUGGGACAAGGGUUAUGCGCCCUCUGCCAACAUAGAGGCGCUGCUGGAGAAGGAGAGUUCUACGGUGGAGGAAUUUCUCGACGAGGAGGAUAUACUGCAGGAAUGCAAAACGUUAAAAAAGAACCUCGUCAACUAUUUAACACGACCCGAAGUCAUUAGACGACUUGUCGAGCUAAUCACUACGGAACCCUCCGAGGAUGUUCCCAUGGCGCAGCGUUUUCGCUAUGCAAACAUGUCAUGUGAGAUACUUACACUCGGCCUGCCGUCCCUAGAUGAGAAGCUACUGUCCGAUGCGGAGACGCUACAGUUGCUGUAUUCAUAUCUGGAAAAGAAACCACCGCUAAAUCCAUUGCUAUCAUCGUUUUUUAGUAAAACGUUUAGCAUGCUCUUUACCAAAAAGCCUGAACAAGAUUGGUUUUUGUAUCAACAAAUGUGCCUACAACUUUUGGAGUAUAUUAAAUCGCAGAAGAAUUUUUUGGAUUUCAUUUGUAACCACUUUGACACACCGGUCAUACCUGAUUUAAUAAUGCAAAUGAUGAAGGACAUCGAUGGUGGUCAACUAAAGCGCAACCUAUACGAAUGGCUAACUGAAGAUAAAAUUGUAGAGAGACUGAUUGCAAUAUUGCGUAAUCCUCAAGAAACCGAUAAACAUGCAAAUGUUGCGGACUUUUUCUGUGAUCUUAUUACCCAAGGUCGUCUAAUGCGGCAAACUGAACAGGAGAACGAUUCAUUUGAGCCGGCCUUUGAUGGCUCGAAUCCCAUAUUAAGAAACAUUGAAUCCGUACAGACAAUAGAAGCCUUGUUAAAUGUGAUUUUGGAACCAAACGCUCUAGAGAGCUCCAUCUUAUCAGGAAUAUCGGUUGUACUUACGCUUAUCAAACCCAUAACAUUCACUGAUGAGCCAAACUCGGAUCGCCAGCGUUUGUUACAGAAAAGGGAGCGUGAAUUUCAUUUGGAAGUACAGGAGACUGUGAUCACAGUAAUAGCGCCACGACUUCAGGAAUUUGUACAUGUGCUCAAGAAUCCACCAGCGAAACCGAGCUUGGAAACCACGGCUGCGGUGCUGUCGCCACCAUUUGGUAAGACGCGGUUGCAGGUAUGUCGCGUCUUCACCGCAUUGCUGGAGACAAAGCACGAGACCAUUCAUCAGGCUAUUUGUGCUACGGACUAUUUUGAUUUACUGCUCGACUAUUUCAAGGAAUACUGCUGGAAUAAUUUUCUGCACAGUGAGAUGGAGAAAGCACUGCAUAUGGUCUUCUACAAUGAGUUGUCUAACAACACAACCUCGACCGAUUGCACGGACAUAUACCAGGAUGAUUACUUAUUUAACUGCAUAAUGAAGGGCGCGGAGACUUUUGCUUCAAUCUCAGCUGAGGUGGAAUCGAAAAAUGCCUUAAACGAUGCUAAACGCGCUGAGGGCGGCAACGAUGAACAAACCCCAAACGUUGAUUUGGAGUCUGCGUCGACUCAGCAAGAAGCAUCUGUCACUGAAGAGCAAAAUGAUAAUGAAAAUGCAACGGAAGUUGAUGCAGAUGCCGCCCAGGAGAAUCACGUUAAACCCGAACCAACUGAUGAUUCUGAUGAGGCGUCUGCUGCUGAUGCCGAUGCUCAACCCCAGCCAAACUUGACGACGGAUGCGCAGCCAGCUCAAAAUGAUCUUGAUAAGACCAAAACGCCAAUUAAUAACCCGCCCACUGAGAUGCAAACAUAUCUGAUUGUCAAUUGCCAGCUGGUAUCUAAAUUGGUCAAUUACUGGCGUCACAAUUUAGAAGCGCAAUCUGCCGACAAGGGUCGACGACUAGGCUAUAUGGGCCACCUUAUCAAAAUUCUAAGACAUAUUACGAAUUGUAUAUCAGAAUCUGAACAUAUCGCUGCCUUGAUUGAAUCGAAUUUUGUGGAUGAUUCAGAGCUUAAGUUCUGGCAAUCGCUGAUUGAUGCUGAGGAAGGUGAAUUUACGAAGGCAGUGUCGCAGCAGAGUAAGCUACUGGCCAACUGUAAUCCGCACGAGGACAAUGAGUACAAUGCUGGCUCUAAGGAUUUUCUGGGCGAAAAUACAUGGGACAUUGGGACGCCAUCGGACAGCAAUGUUUGUUAUAGCGAUUUGGAUAACACCCUUCAGGAUAUUGUAUUUACAAUGGACAACGAUCAGUAUCUGUUUCAAUUUGGCCAGAAUAUCGACGAUGAUGAUGAUGACGAUGAUGAGCAUGGCGGCAGCAGUGGCGAUGGUCAUGGCCAUGGUAUGUUUACUAAGAACUCCAUCACAUUAAACAAUCUGGCUGCUGAUCCCUGGGACAUGGACGUACAAUUUGCUGAUAUUACGGGUGCCUCCACAGAUGCCAACACUGUUAAUCCCAGUACCGGUAACUGGGGGACGGAUUUUAACAGUGACAACUUUGCAGAUUUCGAUGCACAUUUCAGCACCUUCGGCAGUGAUUUGGGUAUGCCGCAGACACAACCACCAACAAUUAUCGAUGCAUCACAGUCGACUGAAGAAACUGAGCUAUCCUCAAGGAUUAACAGCGCUGAGGAGCAACGAACGCAUAACGAGGACGAUGUGUCCAUGACUGCAACCAAGACAGACGAUCAGCAAGCAGAGUAUGACAACAAUGCGAAUGUGGAGAAAGCUAUCAGCGAUAAAUUUAUCGAACUAAGCGAUGCCGACAAUAGUGCAACAACAGCAUCCGCUGCCACAUCCAUUGUCAGCAGACUGCAGUCGGUGUUGUUAGAUGGCGAGGAUGACUAUGAGGAUGAUGAGGGCAUGUGGACCAAGCCAUUAGGUGGCAGCAACAGUCUCAGUACCAUGUCCACAGAUCAACAUCCUGCACAAAUUUCAAAUGGACCCAGUAAAGCUAAUGAAUUCAAUCAUGUCAACGAUAACAGCAGCAGCAAAAUCACGACAGGAUCGGAGCAGGAUCAGGAUCAGGAACAGCAGCCGCAGCCGCAGCAGCAGAAGUCUGAUAGUAUAAACGUAGCAGCUGCAAAAACCAAUGCUGAAAAUGCAACAACGACCACAUAAAUGUUCUGAGACAUAUAUAUAUACACACACACACGUAUAGGUACAGAGGCACGUACACACACAAAAAACCACGUCAGCAAUUGCAAUUUGUAUAGCAUAAAAUAUGUCGAAAAGUUGUAAACAUAAAAGCCUUUGAUUUGCUCUUUGGUCAUCUCUUAUACAUAAUCAUGCAUACAUAUUUACAAGCCUAAUUGAAUAUAUAUACACUACAUUACACUA